AUGCCGGGCAGAAACCUUCACGAUAACGCCGAGGUCUACGACUUCAUCCUGGUUGGAGCUGGAUCAGCCUCAUGUUUGAUCGCGUCACGUCUCUCGCAGCAGCUACCCGAUCACCGAAUUCUCGUUCUAGAAGCGGGAGAACAUAUUCGCGAUGAUCCUAAAGUCCAAACACCUGGUCUAUCGACGACGCUGAUGUCGAACUCUGCCUACGAUUGGCAAUAUUCUUCCGCGCCUGAGCCGGGUUUGAACAAUAGGAAGGUGAAGCAUCCAAGAGGGAAGUUGGUGGGUGGUAGCAGUGCAAUCAAUAGUCACAGUGUCGUUUUCCCAAAUCAUGAGUGGCAUGACCGUAUCGCGGAAGAGCUUUUAUCGGGUCCGGGCAGCGAAGAGUGGAGCUCACAGGGCAUGAGAGAUUGCUACAGCCGAUGGCAGGCAGAACAAUCCAGGCCUAGAGUCAACGACGAUGUGGAUCGUGUGCAGACAUCAUACCCGCGCACCAUGGAUCUCCUUCAAUCUCAAUGGCUGAAAGCUUUUGAGGAGCUCGGUCAUUCGACAGAUACUUCGGGGUUCAGUGAGAGCUCUUCGGGAGCCGUCACAGUCACAAAUGCGAUCGACUCUUCAAAAGGCGAGCGAAGCCAUGCAGGCACUGCAUUCCUAGAGCCAGCUUUGGAACGUGGCAACGUAACAUUGAUGGCUGGCGUCAAGGUUGAUAAGGUUGCGUUUGAUGAUGCUUUGGUCGCCGACAAGAAACUCAAUGCUAGAGGUGUUCAUUACACAUAUAAGGGGGAGGAGCGUUUUGUCGGUGGUCGAGAAAUCAUCCUCUGCGCGGGUGUGUUUGAAUCUCCUGCCAUUUUGGAACGAUCAGGUAUCGGAUCUAGAAAAGUACUCGCAGGCGCAAACAUCCCGGUUCUGUACGAGCUUCCAGGAGUUGGUGAGAAUUUGCAGGAUCACCUGAAUGCCGGGCUUUCCUGCGAAACUCAAGACGACAUCCCUACUCGUGACGAAGUACUACGAAAUCCCGAGUUACAAAAGGCUUCAUUAGAAGAAUAUGAAAGAAGUCACACUGGUCGGUUAUCGGAAGGGGCAGCAUAUAGUUUUGCCUUCACACCGCUGCAGAUUCUGGAAACUCCGUCUGAGACGCAGGAGCUCGUCGAGAUAGUUGAGCGUUGGGUAGAAAAAGAGAGUAACCCGAGUCUGAAAGCCCAGUAUUCCAUCAUUAAAAAGGCGGUUGAAAGCCCCAGCGAAGCGACAGCCACAAGCUUCAUGCUGCGCUUACAGCGCCAUAGAGACGCUGAUUCACUUCCUAAAGGCACGCCGUCUGUCGUUGAUGGCAACUAUGUAACUGUCGUUGCCAUGUUGGCCCAUCCUUUCUCACGUGGAAGCUGCCAUAUCGCCUCUGAUCCUUCGCAUCAGCCGGACAUCAAGUUCAACUACCUCUCCCAUCCUCUUGAUACAGAGAUACUGGCUCGUCACUUGCGGCUCAUCGAGAGACUCUUCCAGCAACCUACCUUUGCUGCCGUGCUAAAGCCGAAAGGAACCCGGCUUCCUCGAAGCUUUCCCCACCCGAUAUCGUCACUUGAGGAUGCGAAAGGAAUUCUCCCAAUCAAUUCAGCAACCAACUACCAUCCAUGUGGCACAUGUUCACUGAUGAGAGAAGAUCUAGGGGGUGUGGUUGACCAGCGGCUAAGAGUAUAUGGAACAAAGAAUGUGCGGAUCUGCGAUGCAAGUGUGUUGCCAAUCGUACCACGAGGGAACAUCUUGACUGCCGUCUACGCUUUUGCCGAGAAGGCAGCUGAGAUCAUUUGCAUAGAAGCGUAA